AUGAGUGUCGAGAAAACCCCCGACCACCUCUCCAAGGAGCAGGAUUUGGCCACGUUUGACACUGAUUUGGCUUCGUUCAAAGAGGCCCAGGUCACCGUCGUCACCGAAGAUGAAGAGACUCCAACCGAAGAGGAAAUGGCCACCUUGAGGCACAUCAGCGACAGCGUCACCUGGGUGGCCAUUGUGCUGGCGUUUGCCGAGUUCGCCGAGCGAGCUUCCUACUAUGGAUGUCAGGGUCUCUUCACCAACUUCGUCCAACGGCCGCUGCCCAAGGGUGGUAACGGGGCCGGCGCAGUCCCAGCAGGCAGCGAACAGUCUGCCGGUGCUCUUGGGCUAGGUCUCACCACCGCAACCGCCGUGCUACAGUCGUUCAACUUCCUUUCCUUCACCAUACCAAUUCUGGGAGGCUUGGUUGCCGACGUUAAGCUUGGAAGAUUCAAAACAAUCUGCCUCGGUGUCGGAAUCGGUGUUAUCGGCCAUAUUCUCCUUGUUAUAGCUGCCCUUCCUACCGUCAUCCGAUCCGGCCAUGCGCUUGCGCCCUUCGAGAUCAGCAUAUUGAUCAUCACCCUGGCGACUGGUCUAAUCAAGGCAAAUGUCGCUCCGCUCGUCUUGGAGCAGGCUCGACCGACCAGGAUCAGGACCUUGAAGAGCGGCGAGAGAGUCAUCCUAGACAAGACACUUACACUGCAGUCCAGCAUGAUGAUCUACUACUGGAGCAUCUAUGUCGGCGCGUUGCUCAAGCUGGGCACUACCUACGCCGAGAAGAGAAUCGGUUUCUGGCUGGGGUUCUUGGUCCCCACCAUCGCCUUCGUGCUCAUGAUCCCGUGCAUGGCCAUCAUCGCGAAGCCGGUGGUGGUCCAACCACCGACUGGAUCGGCCGUGUUCGACGGGUUCAAGGUGUUCGGGGUGAUCAUCAAGAAGGGCGGUUUGAAGGGCAUGCUCAAGGGCGGUGAUGCGUUCUGGAACCACGGCAAGCCCAGUGUCAUGGCGGUCGAAGGCACGCUCGAAGGAAAGAAGGCCGGCUGGUUGAACUGGGACGACGAGUUCGUCGACGACCUGCGCAAGACCUUCAGCGCCUGCAAGAUCUUCCUGUUCUUGCCCAUCUUCAACCUGUCGGACGGCGGAAUCUGGUCCUUGUUCGUCAGCAUGGCCGGCUCCAUGACUUCGGACGGGGUGCCCAACGACUUGCUCACCGCCUUGAACCCCAUCACCAUCAUCGUCUUCUCGCCCAUCUUACAGUUCCUGCUCUACCCGACCCUCAACCGCAUGGGCAUCCACUACCCUCGAGUGUGGAGGAUCGUGACCGGUUUCCUCAUUUGCACUUUCGGCCAGAUCAUCGGCGCCAUCAUCCAGUGGCGAGUCUACGAGACCAGCCCGUGUGGAUGGCACGCCACCACGUGCAAAACAGGCGUCUCACCCAUGAGUUUGUGGUGGGUGGUGCCACUGUAUGUGCUCCCGUCACUGGCCGAACUUUUCAUCAACGUCGAGUGUUAUCAACUGGCUAUUCAGGUGGCUCCUCCUAGAAUGAAGUCUGUCGUAUUCGGAAUCCUCCUCUUCAUGACCGCCCUCUCCAGCGCCAUCAUCCUCAUCAUCUCGCCGAGCUUCAAGGACCCCCAUCUCAUCCGACCAUUUAUCGGCGUCGCCUGCGCCAGUUUCGUCUCGGCCAUCCUCAUUGCCGUUUUCUUCCGCAAAGCCGACAUUGAAAACAAGGCUAGAUAG